UUUUAAAAUCUAAUAACAGUUUCAAUUUCUAAAAUUGGACUGUAUCACGGAUAAAUUCAAGAUUUGGAUUGUUGGUAACGUGCUCGAGGAAAUCAUCUUUUGCUGUUGAUUUGUUUUUCCUUUCUAGUUUCUCAUUCGCUCCCUUCCGGUCGAAAACCAGCAACAUGGGUCGCGUCAGGACCAAGACCAUCAAAAAGGCCUCUAGGGUCAUCAUUGAAAAGUAUUACACACGGUUGACCCUUGACUUUGACACCAACAAGAGGAUAUGCGAGGAGAUUGCUAUCAUUCCCAGCAAGCCCCUACGCAACAAGAUCGCUGGCUUUGUCACACAUCUUAUGAAGAGGUUGAGACAUAGCCAGGUCCGUGGUAUUUCUAUCAAGCUUCAGGAAGAGGAGAGAGAGAGACGCGACAACUAUGUUCCCGAAGUCUCUGCUCUUGAGCACGACAUCAUUGAGGUUGAUCCUGAAACCAAGGAAAUGUUGAAAGUUCUGGAAUUCAACAACAUCACUGGUCUUCAACUCACUCAGCCUGCUUCUCAGCCCUAUGGACGUCGUAACUAAGUUGUUUUUCAUAUCUAUGAUUAAAAAGGUUCUAUGAGCCCGAAA